GUAUCUUUGCCUGUGCAGGACAAUAUGAAUAACUGCAGGUACCCGGUGGAAGCUAAAGCCGUUGGACUUAUACAGCAGGGAAGACAAAAGAUCUAUAUGUUUUCUAUUCUCUGGUCUGACCGCAACAACAUUCUCAUAUAUAGAACAUUUGACGCAUUCAAGAAUCUUAUGAAAGAACUUAAAAGAAAGUUUCCCCUGGAAGCUGGACUUGUAAGGAAAUCUGAACGUAUUCUACCCAUACUGAAAGAUGUCCCUCUGCUAUUUCGUAGUAGCAAGGCCUCAAGUCGUGACAUGGAGCGACUUCAUCUUCUAGAGAAUUACACGCAAAAUCUGCUGCAAACAGACCCUAAGAUCUCACAGUGUGAAGAAAUCAUCCAGUUUUUCUCUCCAACUAACCAGGACCUCACACAUUCAUUUCCUGAGAACAGCCUGGUGGUGAUGCCUUCAGAAAACAGGGAAAGUCAGGAAGCGGUGAGCAAUAAAAAACAAUCAAGUCAGCCUAUCACCCAACCAGUGAUCUCACAGAGCUAUAUGAGUAUCCAAAGCUUUGAAACCAAAGACACGAAGAACAGACCUUUCAAAGUCAACAGGAAUGAAUGCAUUGAUGUGCUCAUAAAGGACAUCUCUGGUUGGUGGCUGGUGGAGAAUGAAGAAAAGCACUUAGCUUGGUUUCCUGCCCCUUAUUUGGUAAAUUGUGAAAUCACAGAUACGAAAACUUCAAAGGAAGAAUCCUUAGAUGAAGGGAAAACUUACUUUGCAAAGAAAGCAUAUGAGGCUCAGUACCCUGACGAGUUGUCUCUUAAUAUUGGAGUGAUUGUAGAAGUGAUAGAGAAAUCCAACACUGGCUGGUGGCACAUCUGGUAUAAUGGGAAAUCUGGUUAUGUUCCAGCCAUGUUUCUAGAGCCGUACAAAAAUCCUCACCUGAAGCUUCAUGUCCCUUUUGUCCAAGAAAAGUUCAACUCAACGCCCAACCUGGCCAAUGAGCCGAGAAGUUCAGAUCAUAACAAUAAGCUGGAUAACAGUACAAAUCCAGGAAGGAGCGAGCAAGGGAUCUGUAAGAUGCAACUGGACAGGAAAAGAUCACGCUCCUUAAGUGGUAUGGCAGGUACAAUAGAUUAUUUGAUAAGGGAUACGGUUAUGCUACAGAGAGACAACUCCUCCAGAAGCUUUUCUGCAUGGGAUAAUAAAGCCAAUCAGAUCAACCAACCAACACCAUCACCAAUCAGAGUUCAGAUGAACAAAACUCAGCCAUUAUUUGAGAACUCUUGUAAUAUGUUUAUAAAAGAAGCAGAAGCUAAUCCAAUGAAGAAUUCUGGGUUUGAAGAACCUUUUUUACGUAGUGUUUCUAAACCACUGACUUUGUCACCUUUUGAUAAAUCCAGCUCCUUCCUCCCAAUCAUUCCUCCAAGGCCUACAAGCCAGGAAAUAUGUAGCAGGUGCACAACAAUAACUAGAAAGGCUGUAGAAAAUACAUGUCCACAUCCUAAUAUGUAAUAUAAAAACACCUAUAUAUUGUAUCAGCUCUGCCAGCAAUAUUGAGAACAGAGCAAAGAGAACCACUCAACUGAGGACGUCCCAGGGUCUUUUGCAAACACAAAAAAAUAUAUUUAUAUAAUUGAUACUUUUAAGUUUUAUAAUAUAUUGAUGUGAAAAAUAUAGAAUAACCUUAAAGGGACACUAAACCCAAA